GCUUCCGCCUUCGAAGCAUUAGAGAGGGACUUCCAGGAGAUUCUCCAAGAACUCGUUGGCGACAAGUCUCUGGAGCAUUUUCGCAACGAGUACGAGAAGUUGCACCGCGCGUUGAAGAAGUCGCACGAAAGCGAGAAGCACCUCAUCAAAAAGUGCAGGGAGCUGAACGCUGAAAUUGUGCAGAACGCCGUCAAGGUGCAAACGGCGCUGAAGCUGUCGCAGGAAGACCAGGCGACCAUCACAGCGCUCAAAAAGGAGAUCGAGCGUGCGUGGAAGAUGGUGGAGGCCUCGCACGAGAAGGAGCAGCGAGCCAGGGAGACGAUCCAGAACUUGAAGUCCGAAAUUACCAAGCUCGGGCGGCUGGUAGAACAAGGCGCUGGAUUAAGCAUCAACCAGGAGAACAUGGUUAAUCAGCUGGUCCAGGAGAAGAACGACCUCGUCAAGCAUCGGGAUAUGCUCCAGGGUCAGGUACAGCAAAUGCAGCAGCAGAACACCGACCUGACGGCGAAGGUUGCGAAACUGGAGCAGGAGGCUGACCGACAGCAGAAGCGAAAAGAGAAGCUAGACAAGGACUCUGCCUGUAUUGCUCCGGAUCUUCGCUUCAAAUCUCAGGAGAGGAGUAGCCUCAAACGGAUUUGCGUGGAAGAUGCGACGGGCAACAUGCAGGAGAAGCAGAAGCAUCUACAGCGCCUGCUGCGAGAAGAGCGGCAGGAGGAAGAGCGGCUCACAAUCAGAGCGGCGCAGCUGAAGGGAAACUACGAGCAUCUCAUCAAGCAGCACAAGGAGGAACAGCAGACCUUGGCCAGGCUCAAGGACGAGCAGGCAGACUACAAGGCAAAAGUGAAAUUUCGCCAGGACGAGAUCCACGCGCUGAAAAGCUCAAAGCAAAAGCUAGCGAAGAGCCUUGAGGCUCUCCAGACAUUGAAAGACAAGGAUGACGCAGAGUCGAGGCGUCUCGAGGCCAAGACGACCGACUACCGAGGGCAGGUGAAGAAGCUGCAGGAGGACUUGGACAAGCAGAAGCAGGAUUCCGAAGCCCACGAGAAGCAAAUCACCGACCUCCUGCAUGAGAGGGACAUCCUUGGCAAGGCGCUGAUGAAGGGAGACGAGCGCUCGAAGCAGCAGGCAGAGCUUGUCGAGCUGCACAAGGGCCAGGCGAUCACGCUCUCGAAGGAUCUUCAUCGGUGGAAGACUGAGUUGCAUCUGAAGCUGGAGCGCAUCCACGAACUUGACCGGCAGCGGGAGAAGUAUGCCACAGACCUCCAACAGGCAAAGCAGCGCUGUGAGGCGGCGCACGAAGAGCUCCGAGGCCGCGAGGUUCAGAUGGCGCAGCUCAAACGAUCGAUCGCCGACGUAAGGGCCAAGUGGGCCCAGCAGAAGAAUCUCUACGAGGCUGUCCGCACAGACAAGAACCUCUAUUCCAAGAACUUGGUGGAGUCCCUGGAGGAGAUCACUGAGAUGAGAAAGAAGUUCAAGGUCAUGUGCCAUCAGAUUGAGCAGCUGAAGGAGGAGAUCAAGGAGAAGGCUCCGCGCCCAAACACCAACACAGAGGGAUCUGGCUACUGGUCGGACCUUGUAAGGUUUGACCGCGCUAGCCCUCCGCCCCGGACCUGCCAGGAUCAGGCCAUGAUCCACGAGCACUUCAAGCAUCAGAACAUCAGCAAGGAGACUGAGAAGACCAAGCACACUCUGGAGUACCACGAGAAGCAGCAGACCAAGUCUCAGCAGGUGGUGGAGCAACAGCAGUCCGACAUCAAGAAGCUCGAGGCGGACCGUGCUGAGACCGUCCGAGCUUUUCUAGCUCUACGUUAUCACCAGGCUGUUACCUCCGAGCGCAACAUCUUGGGCAAGCAGCUCAUCCGCCGAAAUGAGGAGCUCACCCUCAUCUACGAGAAGAUCAAGAUUCAGGAGAGCACCUUGAACAAGGGAGAGGCCCAGUACAAGAAGCUGUUGGAUAGCCUCCGCGGGCAGCGCGACAACAUUGGCACGCAGGGAUCCAAGAGGCUCAAGCGGGACCUCUACAUUGCCCGGCAACAGGCGAGAAGUCCUGGAGACGACCGUGCGUUGGACAAGUUCCUAGCCGAAAGUGCAGAGGGGCUGGAGAAGGAAGUGUACCAUCUACAGCGAGAGCUUCUGCAGGAAAGGACCAAGGUCCGGGCAUUGUCGGAGGAGCUGGAGAAUCCAAUGAAUGUGCAUCGCUGGAGAAAACUCGAGGGCUCUGAUCCAGCCAUCUACGAGCUCAUCCAGAAGGUGCGAACGCUGCAGAAGCGGCUGAUUGCAAAGACCGAGGAGGUCGUUGCAAAGGAUACGGAGAUCCAGGAAAAGGAAAAGCUCCACAAGGAGCUCACAUCCAUCCUGGAGAAGCAGCCGGGGCCAGAGGUCCUUGAGCAGCUGGAGCAGUACCAGGAGACGUACAAUGCCAAGCUCAAGCAGAUGAAAGCCAUGCAGAGUGAGCUCCACACUUAUCAGUCUCAGGUGUCCGACUACAAGGACGAGAUCGAUCGGCUGAAUCGCGAGCUUGCCGAGGUCAAGAAGAAGUUCUUUGAGCAGAAGAAGCGCGAAAUGAUGGCGCAGGACGCCCAGCGCGGUGAUGGCCGGGUGAUCCACCCCAGGCCCGUUCCCCAGGUUCGCUACAUGGGCGGUCUCUUCAGCCUUUCGCACUGA